CAAAAGAACGCCGGUAAAGACUGGAAAUGGGGUUCUUGAUCGUUCUGUUGGUGGCAGCCGCUGCUGCCGCAGUGGUGAAAGGCGGUGUCGGUGGGUUUCCGGCCAGGGUUCUUACUUUGGAAAGGGCUUUUCCGGCGAACAAGACGGUUGAACUUGAAGUCCUCAGAAAACGAGACCGUGUGAGACACGCCCGAAUCUUGCAAAGCUUCUCCGGCGGCAUUGUUGACUUCGAAGUCGUCGGCACCUCCGAUCCUUACUACGGCGGGUUGUACUUUACUAAAGUGAAAUUGGGUUCGCCACCAAGAGAGUUCAAUGUUCAGAUUGAUACCGGAAGUGACAUCUUGUGGGUCACUUGCGAUUCUUGCAGUGAUUGUCCUCGAUCUAGUGGAUUUGGUGUAUCUCUCAAUUUCUUUGAUGCUGAAAGCUCUUCAACGGCUUCUCAAGUAUCGUGUUCAGACUCCAUAUGCUCUUCGAUGGUUCAAACUGCAGAUGCAUCAUGUUCUGAUCAAACCAAUCAAUGUGGUUAUAAGUUUCAGUAUGGAGAUGGUAGUGGAACAUCCGGUCAUUAUGUCACGGAUUUGUUGUAUUUCGACACAAUCGUGGGCCCUUCCAUGGUUGCCAACUCUUCAGCUUCCAUUACCUUCGGGUGUAGCACCUAUCAAUCGGGUAGCUUGACUAAACCAGAUAAGGCGGUCGAUGGGAUUUUCGGUUUCGGGCAACGUGGUCUAUCUAUCGUGUCACAACUGGCAUCACGUGGGAUUACUCCGAAAGUAUUCUCGCAUUGCUUAAAAGGAGAUGGAACUGGUGGUGGCAAGCUUGUCCUUGGUGAGAUUUUGGCUCCGACUAUGGUUUAUAGUCCCCUUGUCCCAUCGCAGCCUCAUUACAAUUUGGAUCUACAGAGUAUUGCGGUCAACGGGCAGAUACUACCGAUAGAUGCAGCCGUUUUUGCAACAUCAGAUAACCAGGGUACCAUUGUUGACACUGGAACAACUUUGACAUACCUCGUUGCAGAAGCAUUUGAUCCUUUUGUCAAUGCUAUAACUGCUGCUGUUUCGCAAUUAACAACCCCUGUCUUAUCGAAGGGCACUCAAUGUUAUUUGGUUACAUCAAGCAUAACUGGGAUUUUCCCGGAGGUUUCAUUGAACUUUGCUGGCGGUGCGGCCAUGAUUCUUAAGCCGGAGAACUACCUUGUACAUGGGGAUCCCGUUGAUGGAGGUACCCCAUGGUGCAUUGGCUUUCAGAAAGUUCAAAAUGGGGUUUCGAUUCUUGGAGAUCUUGUUCUUAAAGAUAAGAUCUUCGUUUAUGAUUUGUCGAAGAAACGAAUUGGAUGGACUGAUUAUGAUUGUUCGACUGAUGUAAAUGUGUCGAUAACUUCCAGUAAGGACGAAUUCCGAAAUGCAGAGUUGAGCGGAAGCAGUUCAUUGAUAACCACUAGUGUUCUUGGAGCUCUUCUGUUCCAUCUAAUAGCAUUAACGCUUGGAUCGUCACUAUGGUAAAAACCAGAUCAAUGUCGUCUAGAGUUAUUGACCCUUUUAACCAUCGUAUUUAGUUUUUUCGUUGCAAACUAACCAUUGAUGUUUAUAAUCGUUGCAAACUAUAACCAUUGAUUUUGUAUAAACGCAAAAUACACCGUAGUUUGCAAGAUCGAGCAAUUAUAGACAAAUUGUGAAAAUGUCGAAGCAAAAAAACAUGCGGUUUUAGGUACUAUUUGUGUUCAGAAUUGUUCGUUCUUGCAAUAUAUGACGGUCUUUUUUUUGCAUUUUUACAAGUAUAAUUGUUUAUUUACGAUGAAAAGUCAAGUACAAUGGUUCAAAAAGUCAAUAACUCUGAAACACUCGUGUUUCUAUGCAUUGGUUGUUUCGGCUGGCACAAAGCGAAAGAUGAAAAGUGGCCCUUGCGCUUGGCUGUAAGAGAGGCUUAGGCUUCUUAAGGCCGAGUGCGAGUAAGGAGGUCCAAGUUGUUUUGCGGCAAGUAACUGGUGGGAGAUUGUUGAUGUGUAGAAUUGGGUUUUUGAUUUUGAGGUUGAUUAGUGUCGAUGGUAACGUCGUUGGGUAUUCGUUUACGUGGUUUUAGUAUUGGCUUGAAAUGUAAUUUAUUCGCAAAGACAGAUGAACGUUUUGUUUCCACCAAACUGUUGAUUACUAAUAACUUUGUUGAUUGUAACAACCUAUAGAAAGUGAGAUUUGUAAGUUGUUUGUAAACCUUAAGUUGUAGGCUACUAAUAACUUUCAGUUUUAA